AUGUUAUCUGGAUGGGAAGGUUCAGCGCACGAUGCAAGAGUGCUAACGGAAACGCACUCCAAUCCUAGGUUCAAGUUCCCCCGUCCCCCACCAGAAAAAUACUAUCUUGUUGAUGCGACGUACGCGAACUCUAAUUGUUUUCUCGCUCCCUACAGAGGUGAGACUUACCAUUUGCCUGAUUAUAGAAGGAGAAGUGGUGGAUUUCAGGGAGGUAGAGAUAUUUUUAACUACAAACACUCGUCGCUACGUAAUUGUAUAGAGCGAACGUUCGGGGUUUGGAAGGCUAGGUUCCCUAUCCUAAGGCGCCCCAAUAAUACGUAUUCAAUGGAUAAACAAGAGAAGAUUCUUAUUACUUGUGCAAUAUUGCACAAUUUCAUUCACAUGUUUAAUGAGGGGGACCCCCUUCUAAAUCAAUACUACUGUGAUGGUGUACCGGUAAGCGAAAUAGAUCCGAACAAUGAUGAUGAAUUUGAUGACGAUGACACUGAUAGUAAUGUCCCUGAAGGGCCAGUUGUAACAAGAGGUAGUGUUAAUCGUAUAGAGAUGGGUCGUUUUAGGGAUCACCUUGCGAAUGAAAUGUGGGUGGAAUAUCAGGGAAGCCGUGAGAGACACGUUUGA